AUGGAUUUUGAAUUAUACAAAGUUGUUGAGAAAUCUCCUUGUGGUAAAUAUGUUAGAUACAAUCACAUGUUGGGUGAAGGAGCUUCCAAAAAAGUCUACUUUGGUUGGGAUGGUGUUGAGAAAAUUGAUAUUGCAUGGAACAAAAUUGCUUUUCGCAGCGGCGAAGAUGAAGAAGAAGAAGCUAUUCUGUUGAAGUCGUUAAACCAUGAAAGGGUUAUGAAGUGUUUCGCUUAUUGGUUUGAUUCCACGUCCAAAACUCUUAACAUGAUCACGGAGUUAUUCCCCUCGGGCAGCUUGAAAGAGUAUCUGUCCAAGAAUUAUAAUGGUGUUGGCGUUGAUUUGAGUCCGAAGAUCAUCCAUCGGGACAUCAAGUGCGACAAUGUCUUCGUUGAUAGUGAUGGGAAGCGAGUUACGCUUGGAGAUUUUGGGUUGGCGGUUCGUGUUAAAGAGGGUGAUUUCGUGAAUGACCAACAAGUUAAAUGUACCCCUGAAUUUAUGGCUCCUGAGUGCUUUGAAGGGGAAUACAACGAGCUGGUCGAUGUAUAUGCAUUCGGGAUGUGUCUACUUGAGAUGGUUACGGGUGAAUAUCCAUAUAUGGAAUGCAGUAAUCAGAUGCAGGUGUUCAAGAAAGUGUUCAGUGGCCUAAAGCCUGCGUCUCUAGGACAGGUGAAGGAUUCCGGAGUGAGAGAUAUUAUCGAGAAGUGUUUGCUUCCCGUGUCUGUUAGACCGUCUGCAGAAGAGUUGCUGAAAGAUCCGUUCUUUCCAUACAGCGAUGCAUCAUCAAAAUUGGAGGCUUGUGCUCCCGAUGUAAGUUUAGCAACUAGUCAUCGGUUCAGGGGAUUACAUUGUUGUGCUAGGGUCGUUGCUUGGACUCGUAAAAAAUGUAAACUGGUGCAGCAUCAGAAAGUGAAUCCACUCAACUUAGACUAG